GCAGAUGCUGACCUUUCAACAAACUGAUGGGAACUGCUCGGCCCCAAAGACCCAAACGUCUUGUCCGUGUUGUCUGUCCUUAAGCACGGUUGGAGCUACUGGGAAGAGAUACCAUGAUCUUCACUUCCACAGCCAUGCUCUGUCUGGGACUGACUGUGGGGCUCAGUUCUCCAGCUCUGGCAGGAGACCCCUACAGCAAACCUAGAUUGUCAGCACUGGACAGCCCUGUUGUGAACUCAGGAGAGUAUGUGACUCUCCAAUGUAUCUCAUGGCAGAGAUAUGAUGGGUUUAUUUUGACCAAGGAAGGAGACCCCAACUUCUCCAGAACCCUGGACUCACAGUAUAUUUUCACUGGGCAUUUGCAAGCCAUGUUUCCUGUGGGUCCUAUGACCCCCAGCAACAGGGGGACAUUCAGAUGUUAUGGCUACUACAAAAGAGAUCCACAGGUGUGGUCCACGCCCAGUGACCCCCUGGAAAUACAUGUAUCAGGGGCAUCUGAGAUGACUUCAACAGAAGUCAAGAUAGCCUCACAACCCCAGAACCAUUCAGUGGACAACCUCAUCCGGAUGGCUAUGGUUGGCUUGGUCAUCCUGGUUUUUGUGAUUCUGCUGAUAAAGGCUUGGCACAGCCAGAGACGGAUCGUAUAUACACCCGGGAGAUGGGCAAAACUGACACAGCAUUCUCUUCUAGGGAUGAGCCUGGUCCCCAUGACUCAUCUACCAGCAGAAAUUAUUGGCAAGCCAACACUUAGAGCUCAGCCAGGCUCCGUGAUGACCAAGGGCAUGCAGUUGACCAUCUCAUGUGAGGGGACCUCAAGUGCCCAGGAAUACUAUCUCUAUAAAGAGGGAAGGCCAGAUCCCUGGCAAAGGCAGAGUCUCAUGAAGCCUGGAAACAUGGCUGAGUUCUUCUUCCCAUCCAUUCAUCAGAACCAUGCAGGGAGAUACUGCUGUUACUAUCAGACCCAUGUUGGCUGGUCAGAGCGCAGUGACUUUCUGGACUUGAUGGUGACAGGAUUUUAUACAAAACCGAGUCUGUCAGCCCUGCCCAACCCAGCGGUGAGAUUAGGAGGCAAUGUGACCCUCCAGUGUGCCUCACAGAUAGGAUAUGAUGGAUUCUCUCUGACUAAAGAAGAGCCACAGAAGUUCUCCUGGACCCUAGACUCACAGUACAUAUACUCUAAUAGCAAUUUCCGGGGUCUGUUCUCCGUGGGUCCUACGAACUCCACUCAGAAGAGGACAUUCAGAUGCUAUGGCUAUUAUCUGAGUAAUCCCCAGGUGUGGUCAGAACCCAGCGAUCCUUUAGAGCUCCUGGUCUCAGGAGCACUUGAGACCACCACCACCCAAUUGGAAAAUAUGUCAGAAGCCACAACAGCCUCACAGUCCCAGGAUCACAUGGUGGAGAACCUCAUCAGGAUGGGCUUAUCAGCUUUGGUCUUCAUAGUUCUUGGGAUUUUGCUGUUUGAGGCUUGCCACAGCUGGGGAAGGACUCUGCAUGCAACCUAGAAGUCAAGAGACAGCUACAUGACCUGCAUCAACUUUGAGGACCUUUAGUGUGUGUGUGUGUUUUGUUGUUUUGUUUUCUCAAGAAUAUUCAAUGUUUAGUAUUUGGAAUCACUUGUGAGAAAAUAUGUAGGAAUCAAAUGUGUUUUGGGGUGCAAGAAAAGACCUAUAGGUUGGUGUGGAGAGAUCUCCCACCAUUCCAUUAAGGCCCUUACCCUCUACCUUGCUGUGGACUUUUAAGAUUUUUCCUUCCUCUUUAUAGUGCAUGAUAUCCAGGAACAUGUUGUUCCAUCAGUGAGGUUUGGGUCCUUAUCUCUGUAACUUCUGAUUUCCUAAGUCUCUUGUCAAACUUUCCUACAUUAUAAAUUGCCACAUUCUGUAUUUUGUAAUAUGAGAUUCUGCUUUUUGUGGAUUUUGUUGUUACUAUGAACAUGGACUUUGACUCAACAACAACAGCGACUAAUGAGCAGAAUUCAGAUUCAACAAUGAAAAAAAUAACAAUAUAAAUGAUGCCCCAUAUUCUGUACUCUUAUACCCUUAGGAAUUCAUCAUACACUUAUUGUAAGGCUUCUCUAAUUUAUAAAAAUGUGCUGCCUAGUGUAUAAAGGAACUAUCUGGGAUGCUGUUGAUACAAUUUUGAAAAUAC